AUGCCGGGCAAGAGGAAGACCUCCAGAAGCUCCCCGCGCAGCGCGGCUGUGUUUGCGGCCUGUGCGAGUAGGCGCUUCGUAACCAGUCUCCCGGCGAGCGGUGCGCAGAAACCUCGAACCGGUGGAGCCCACUCGUAACCUGGAGCCCGGAAGGCCGCGAAGACCGUACUGUUUUCUCAGCGGCGGACCGCUGCAGUAAGAAUGUCUUUUCCCCCUCAUUUGAAUCGCCCUCCCAUGGGAAUCCCAGCACUCCCACCAGGGAUUCCACCCCCACAGUUUCCUGGUUUUCCUCCACCUGUACCUCCAGGGACCCCAAUGAUUCCUGUACCAAUGAGCAUUAUGGCACCUGCUCCAACUGUUUUAGUACCCACUGUGUCCAUGGUUGGAAAGCAUUUGGGAGCAAGAAAGGAUCAUCCAGGCUUAAAGGCUAAAGAAAAUGAUGAAAAUUGUGGUCCCACUACUACAGUUUUUGUUGGCAACAUUUCUGAGAAAGCUUCAGACAUGCUUAUAAGACAGCUCCUUGCUAAAUGUGGCUUGGUUUUGAGUUGGAAGCGAGUACAAGGUGCAUCUGGGAAACUUCAAGCCUUUGGCUUCUGUGAGUAUAAGGAACCUGAAUCUACCCUCCGUGCGCUCAGGUUACUGCAUGACCUGCAGAUUGGAGAGAAGAAACUACUUGUUAAAGUUGAUGCAAAGACAAAGGCACAACUGGAUGAAUGGAAAGCAAAAAAGAAAGCUUCUAAUGGGAAUGCAAGGCCAGAAACUGUCACUAAUGAUGAUGAAGAAGCCUUAGAUGAAGAGACAAAGAGAAGAGAUCAGAUGAUCAAAGGGGCCAUUGAAGUUUUAAUUCGAGAAUACUCCAGUGAGCUCAAUGCCCCCUCACAAGAAUCUGACUCUCACCCUAGGAAGAAGAAGAAGGAAAAGAAGGAGGACAUUUUCCGUAGAUUUCCAGUGGCCCCACUGAUCCCUUAUCCACUCAUCACUAAGGAGGAUAUAAAUGCUAUAGAAAUGGAAGAAGACAAAAGAGAUCUGAUAUCCCGAGAGAUCAGCAAAUUCAGAGACACACACAAGAAACUGGAAGAAGAGAAAGGCAAAAAGGAAAAAGAAAGACAGGAAAUUGAGAAAGAACGGAGAGAAAGAGAGAGGGAGCGUGAAAGGGAACGAGAAAGGCGAGAACGGGAACGAGAAAGGGAAAGAGAACGUGAACGAGAAAAGGAGAAGGAACGGGAGCGGGAACGAGAACGGGAUAGGGAUCGUGACCGCACUAAAGAGAGAGAUCGGGACCGAGACCGCGAGAGAGACCGGGACCGCGAUCGGGAAAGGAGCUCGGAUCGGAAUAAGGACAGGAGUCGAUCAAGAGAAAAGAGCAGAGAUCGUGAAAGGGAACGGGAGCGGGAAAGAGAGAGAGAGAGAGAACGGGAACGAGAAAGAGAACGAGAGCGCGAGAGAGAGCGAGAAAGGGAACGGGAACGAGAGAGAGAGAAAGACAAGAAGCGGGACCGAGAAGAGGAUGAAGAGGAUGCUUAUGAACGAAGAAAACUUGAAAGAAAACUCCGCGAGAAAGAAGCUGCUUACCAAGAGCGCCUUAAGAAUUGGGAAAUCAGAGAACGGAAGAAAACCCGGGAGUAUGAGAAGGAGGCCGAAAGAGAAGAAGAAAGAAGAAGAGAAAUGGCAAAAGAAGCUAAACGACUAAAAGAAUUCUUAGAAGAUUAUGAUGACGAUAGAGAUGAUCCCAAAUAUUACAGAGGAAGCGCUCUUCAGAAAAGAUUGCGUGAUAGGGAAAAGGAAAUGGAAGCAGAUGAACGGGACAGGAAAAGAGAGAAGGAAGAGCUAGAGGAAAUCAGGCAGCGCCUUCUGGCUGAAGGACACCCGGAUCCAGACGCAGAGCUCCAGAGGAUGGAACAAGAGGCUGAAAGGCGCAGACAACCACAAAUAAAGCAAGAACCAGAAUCAGAGGAAGAGGAAGAAGAAAAGCAAGAAAAAGAAGAAAAACGAGAGGAACCCAUGGAAGAGGAAGAAGAGCCAGAGCAAAAGCCCUGUCUCAAACCAACUCUGAGGCCCAUCAGUUCUGCCCCGUCUGUUUCCUCUGCCAGUGGCAAUGCCACUCCCAACACUCCUGGGGAUGAGUCUCCUUGUGGUAUUAUUAUUCCUCAUGAAAAUUCACCAGAUCAACAACAACCUGAGGAACAUAGGCCAAAAAUAGGACUAAGUCUUAAACUGGGUGCUUCCAAUAGUCCUGGUCAACCUAACUCUGUGAAGAGAAAGAAACUCCCUGUAGAUAGUGUCUUUAACAAAUUUGAGGAUGAAGACAGUGAUGAUGUACCCCGAAAACGGAAACUGGUUCCCUUGGAUUAUGGUGAAGAUGAUAAAAAUGCUGCCAAAGGCACCGUAAACACUGAAGAAAAGCGCAAACACAUCAAGAGUCUCAUUGAGAAAAUCCCUACAGCCAAACCUGAGCUCUUUGCUUAUCCCCUCGAUUGGUCUAUUGUGGAUUCUAUAUUGAUGGAACGACGGAUUAGACCAUGGAUUAAUAAGAAAAUUAUAGAAUACAUAGGUGAAGAGGAAGCUACAUUAGUUGAUUUUGUUUGUUCUAAGGUUAUGGCUCAUAGUUCACCUCAGAGCAUUUUAGAUGAUGUUGCCAUGGUACUUGAUGAAGAAGCAGAAGUUUUUAUAGUCAAAAUGUGGAGAUUAUUGAUAUAUGAAACAGAAGCCAAGAAAAUUGGUCUUGUGAAGUAAAACUUUUUACAUUUAGAGUUCCGUUUCAGAUUGCUUCUUCUUUCCCACCCUUCAGAGGACUUUGACUUUUUCUUUGUCUUCAAAGACAUUUGUGAGAUCUGUAAUUUUUUUUUUUCAAUGUAGAAAAUGUGAAUUUUUUUGUCCUCUAAUUUGUUGAUGCCCUGUGUACUCCCUUGGUUGUAAAGACAUCUGAAUCCUACCUUGGUUCUCUUUAUACUCACCAGGUACAAAUUACUGGUAUGUUUUAUAAGCCGCAGCUACUGUACACAGCCUAUCUGAUAUAAUCUUGUUCUGCUGAUUUAUUUCUUGUAAAUAUUAAAAUGACUCCCCAAUUCUU